CCAUGUUUAAGAGUUCAAAUUCUGGAAGCAAUUCUGAAAAAAGAAACUAAUGAAAUGCAUAUUAUGAAGGUAACAAGAAAUACUUUCUAGCAAUAACCCUAUAAUUAAGGCAAUCAAACGUUCACAUUUUAAAUUAAAAUGAAACAUGUUUUGAGGGCUUGUUAAGACUUUGGGAGGGGGGAGCUUAACUUUAAAAGAGCUUUGAACUUUCACAGUAAGUUUCCCAAGUCCUGGUUUUAUUUGUUAAACAUUGUUACUCAAUUCCAUCUAAUCAUUAACAGAGUACUGUUGAAGUAAGUGACAGUGUCUUCUCACUGUGCUUCUGCUGUAUCUUUGGUAUACAACAUAGUCAUAUAAAAAAGGGAAAGAUGAGUAUAAUCCCAAUGAUAGAACAUUCCUUUUCUUAGUAACCUUAUUUUAAAAUAAUCAGUUCUAUAUGAAACAAUUAUUCAAGAAAAUAGAAUACAGAAUACCAUUUGAUGGGGGGGGGGGACAAAACAUAAAAUACUGUACUGGCCUGAAUAUAAGACGCACCUUUUUUCCAAAUUCUGUCCGUGAACAGUUAAAGUGCAGCUUAUAUUUGCAAACUUUCAAAAAUUGGGUUUUACUCCAAUAUUGUCUGCGGCUUUUAAACACUGCUGCAAAAGCGACACUGUGCUCACACCGUCCCUUGAAAGCACCCUGCUAACUUUCCAAACCACGUUCCCUUACACAGGCAGCAACCCCCCAGAAAACUAACAAGCUGAAAGGUGGUAGCACACACACACCAAACGCAAGCAGGAAUACAAACCUCUCUUCCUUCGAUAACCAGUAAAUGCAGUUGUCAUAGCUAGAGUACUCUCCCGUUUCAGCAGUUCCAUUUAAGGACUCCAAUUUCAUCCAAAUAGGUGGCUUUUCUGUAGGAGUCUCCUUUAUUUUUCCAGGAUACUCCAUUAUUAUUUCAGGAGAAUCCUUUGCCUUGGGGGAUUGAACUUUUAGACCAAAUGCAAGACAAAAGGAGAGGAGGGAAUGGCAGGCUCCAGAAGCUGAGUGCUUCUAUAGUGCUUUACUUUCUACCAGCCAGAAAGGAAAAGUCCAUCUGGUUAAUCCGGUUGCAUGUUAUGGUUUAAUGGGCGAGAAUUCGAUUUUAUAAUUUUGUACUAGCGCUUUCACACAAUUUUGCGGUGUGGGUCUCUCUGCUUCACACUACACGGAGAGACUGUUAGACGAAGAGGCAUCAAGCUGCCCUACAGAAAACAUGGCACUGGAGCCAAACAACAGUUUGACCUGCCGGAGUGGAGCUAGGUCCAGCCUUGUAGCUGCUGAGAUGUCAUACCCUGGACUGUGGACUUUGCAACCUUGAAUAUCAGGGCAGAGGGAGAUGGAACAUCUCCCUGUCUGCUGUGAAGACAAAAGGGUUAUGUCACGGGCACAGGCCUCUUCCCGUUCAGUAGCUUCAAGUCCCUCUACCAAGGUCACUUCCUGGCUUAGCAUCCCAGCCUUGCUGUAGCCUUGCUUCCUAUCUGGGUACAUCCUGUUUGCUCUCACUGUGUUCAUUUGGCUUUGCUCUGCAUAUGUUUGCUAAAUAACUUGGGAUGAAUCAUGAUUCCUUGGAAAGACCGUGCAGCCUGAGGCUGUGUUUAUAUGGCUGAUUUUUGGGGGGGCGGGGAUUUGUAACCCUCUCCGAUUUUUCCUCUGAAUAUUGCCACACCCGGCUGAUUUUACCCCUGCUGGAGAAAAGACAUGACUUCAGCAGGGCAUUUUUUCCCCAGCCAGAAGUCGCCAGAACUCAGUUCCAGCGCCUCCAGGUGAGCACCAUUGCCAUUAUAAGCGAACAAGGGAGAAGAUCGUGGUGAGUUCCCGCACCUCUUUUUCUAGAAAAAUAGCAUUGGACUACAGAUAUAUUUUUCUCCCAAGUAGGUUAGAGCAGCUGGAAGGGCGAUUUCCAGGGGUUAAGCUGAACAAGAGGGAAAGGGCUUUGAAACAUCAUCUGCCUCCUGCCUUCCCCCAACCAUUGUCAGCCUCAGCAUUGGAGAGAACAUUUCCUAAAGAUUCUUAAAAAUGCAUAGGAUAUGUAGUUUUACCCUCAUCUGAGGUAUCCAGAACAUGCUCAUUGCUUGUUCACUCACACCACAAUGCACGAUAGGGCGUGAUGAAAAAUGAAAAGUUUCUAUGAGCUAGAAAGCAGCUUACGUCUCCUCCUCUUACUGGUAGUGGCUGUGAUUGCAUCAUAGCAGAAAGCAAACAGCUGGCUCUGGGUCACCCCUUGCAAUGUGAGCCCUGAGCUGAGGUCCAGUUUGCUCAGCCUCUGAACGUGGCAGUGCUUGAUUGGAUGGUCUGUGUAUGUCACACGGUUUCUGAUGACAUCCAACCAAAACAAACAUUCUUGUCUGACCAGCUCAUUAAGUAAAAAAUGGAGAAAGGAGCCUCCUUCUAGUCAAACCAAUAGCAGACAUGCUAGCUCUGUGUUAGGGAAAGGUAAAAACUCCUAGUACAUUUUACGCAAGGCAGUUGAAGCGUUAUCUUAUCAGAAAGCAAUUUAGGCAGCAGUUCUAUAUAUGCUUACCUAUGAGUCCUCCUGGACUCAGUAGGGUUAAUUCUGCAUAGAUAUACCUAGAAUAGUACUAUAAAUGUCAGAAAUUGUUUGUUUGUUUGUUUGUUUUAAAAAACCUUCCUCCUUCACCUCCUCCUCCAUCUCCAUAGCUGUAUGUCUGCAAGGCAAACAAGCAGGAGGGUGGCAAUGGGGCAAUGGGCACAACUGGCAGCCCCUUAUCUUUCUCCAUGUAUCUCGGGGGUCCAAUGGGCAAGAUCCACAUCACAUAGUACUCAGGGCUGGGAGUGGUUAUUAUUGGGGGUCUCAGUAGUCCCCUUUCCAGAAGGAUCCAUGUGCACUGGUGGAGAAAGGGGUGUGUGGUGGGGGCGGUUUUUCCUGGGUGUCACUGCUGAGGGGGGUGACAAAAUGCUGAGUGGCACUCACCGCGGGCCUGCAGUGGGCCUGGGCCAUGCAUUUCUCCUGGGAGUGACCCGGUGGCUUCGGUGCCCGCAGGCUCCGCGCUGCCCCAAACACUCUGCCCGCUGCCUCCCCCUCAGCUGUAGGGCGGCUGAGUGGGAGGAGGAGGCAGGCUCCUUGGAGGCCCCGUGGAGUGUCCUGCCCCAGCUUGCCCAGGCACCGGAUUGGCUUGCUCUGCCGCUGCCCAUGUGCAGGGCUUCAGAUUGAUCAUGGAUGCCGUAGAGCUGUUUGGAGAGCUGGGGCAACCUAUGUGUGUGGGGAAGGGGUUUGACUGCCAGCCCUGAGUGUUUUGAACAGUAAUCAGCAAUUUUAUAUCUGAAGCAAUCAUUCUCGGGUGGGUGGGAAAAAUAGGAUGUAAUUUCCAACUAAUUUCUACUUUAGAAAUUCAUGCUUCAGUCCAUCUUUAGCAGUUUGGAGCCUAUAGCUGCACUAUGUUGGCAAAUGUGGAAGAUGAGAUGGCCAUCCUAAGAAUAUUGGAAUCGUGCAAGUGUGAAAGGAUAUGCUUCAGCAAGCCAUUCUGAUUUGAUAAGGAAAGGAAAGGAAAGGAAAGGAUGUGACAAUCAACUGAGGCGCUUCAGUAUGACUCAGCGCACAUGGACUGAAUAGAAUGGUGUGGGAGGAGGGAAAACUGAAGGGAUAAUUUGGCCCAUUUGUCAAGUUCUUAGAUGGCUGAGCCUCUUGGUAACAAUAAUUUACAUAUAAAGGUACAUAGUACUCCAUUGGAUGUGCCUCAACUGAUUGUUCUGUUCACCUUUCUUUUCUCCUUAGCUUUAUCCAAUUAUAGUGCUUUGCAUGUCUCUUCAUCCUCAGAGUAUAUUUUAGGAUGACAACAGCACCUCUUUUGGGGGGUGCCUAAAGAUGCUGACAAGCCUACAUGCAUACAGUUGUACCUUGGGUUAAGUACUUAAUUCGUUCCGGAGGUCUGUACUUAACCUGAAACUGUUCUUAACCUGAAGCACCACUUUAGCUAAUGGGGCCUCCCACUGCCGCCAUGCUGCCGGAGCACGAUUUUUGUUCUCAUCCUGAAGCAAAAUUCUUAACCUGAAGCAUAUGUAACCCGAGGUACCACUGUACAGGUAUAAAUGCACAUACAGUUUUGAUCAGACCUGACACUUGAAUGUGUGGACAUGGACACAGGCCCAGAAGGCAUGAUUUUGAUUAAAGUAUGGCCACUGGGUGCAAUACAGUCAUACGGGAUGUGUCCCAUGAACAGAGCAUCCGUUAUCAGAAAUUCCUUUUCACAGCCACAUAUUAGUUUACUUCUGCAACAUGCCUUUUUCUUUCAGUUUCCCAUUAGGUAGAAACAUCUGGUACUCAUUUUCCAUUCUUCAUCCUUCUGCUUGGUAUGUGUGAAAUUAGCCAUACUAUUCCAGGGAGGAGUACUCUGGUGAUAAAACUUAAAAGGCCUCCAUCUGCUAUCAACACUUGUUGGAGCAAUUUACUAUUAUGCAUCCCGGCAACUUCUUGACCGCAGUGAAAAUUGCAUUUUUGCAACUCAUACUAAUCCUUUAAUUUGUACACUUCCACUUACCUUUUGAUUUUAUUUUUUUUAAAAAGAAAAGAAAGAAAUUAAUAACAUUAAAUUGUGAGCAUUUAUCAGGGUCUCUCAUGGGCUAUUUAGACAAAUCCAUUAUCAAAUCUGGGUAGUCAGCAUGGACUAUUUUGAGUUAUGUUAUGUCAUAAAAAUAUUAAUAUCUAUCUAUCUAUCUAUCUAUAUAUAUAUAUAUAUAUAUCUACUCUGUGGUUAAGUUUAAAUGCUUCCUAUGUUCCCUGAGCAUUUUGUAAUUUCCGCAGACACAGUGCCCUUUACGUUUAACCUCCAUUUGUAAUUAAUAGUCUGCUUUAAGUAAAUGGGAGAUCCAUUUACUCAAGGUUAAGCAAAUAUGGAUAGCAGUUAUGCAAUAUUAAUAAUCCAAUCAGAUACUCAUUCUCAGUGGGAGGAAUAGAGUUCAAGGUUUAACAAACUGCAAACUAGUUUGUAGCAAAGAAAGGCAGCAGGGGAGGAUGUGUUUUUUUAAAAAAUAGUACUCUUAGCUUAAAAAAUAUAUGUACGUGACAUGACUUCAAGCCUGCAACCUGGGGGGGGGGGCAUCCUUUGCGACUUCAAUAGACACAACCUUAAAAGAGCGUGGCCCAGAAUUCUCUCCAGAGAUAUUUCUCUUGAACUUGGCUUCAUAUUCUACUCCCUUAAAACAGAAAUAUCCCUGAAUACCAUAAUUACAGAGGACCGGUUAUCACUUUGCAUUUUAUACUUGGUUAUGAUUGCUAAAGAACAAAACUGCAUGCAAUUCUGAUGCAAACCAGCAGUCAUCUAUAUCAUCUUGCUAAAUAGCAAGGAGACUCUUUUGCAACACAUUAGGUGCAGAGAGGCAGUAAUGAGGCUACUGAUGUCUGGGCAUCAGUGUAAACCAUUUCACAAAUACUAAUGAAGCUGUUCAGUAGAAUGAAGCAUUUGCUGAAUAAAUCAGCUCUAUCAAUAAAUUGCUUUGCUCAGUUCCUUGCCUCUAUUAGCAGAAGAGAGAUCUGGUGCAUCGGUGCUGUGCUCCCUCUAGUGUUAUCUAUGGAAAUAAACUUUAAUUCUUGAUUUGCUUUCUGGAUAUAGGUGGAUUUUUCAGAGAGUGAAUAAAAGAGAAGCACUUUGGACCCAUUAAAUACAAAUUUUUCAAGAUAAGUAACAAAUGUUAAACUCAUUAGAUCUCAUUCUCGAAGGUAACUUUGAGGACUACAAUCCUACCAAGUACCUUUGUCAAAUUUCCACCUAAUUACAACAUUUAAUUAUAUUAUUAACAAGUUUUUUGAGAGUCCCACCAAAGAUGAAAAUGUGAAGCAAUCUGUCAACCCCUGCUUGAGCAAUACUGUCUACUUUGAGCUGAGUUUGAAUUGAGGCAUGCAGGGAUAAUGUGCCACCGACAGAUAACAUUUUCUUGUGCUUCCUUUAUUUUUUUAUCCUAGUUAUGGAAGAGGUUCAAGUACUGUGCCAAUAAUUUUCUGACAAAGAUUGCUCUUCCAUUCUCCCACCCCCAUACACUGGGUAGCAUGGCAUCCAAAACUGGCAUUUAGAGGAUAUUAUAAAUAGAUGCUGUUUCUUCAGCUAAAGGUCUGAUAUCAUCUAUUUAUAAUAUCCUCUAAAUGAGAGACAUCUCUAUGACCAUGCUGGCUAAUUUUCAGCAGCUACAAAUUCUGUGUCCACAGAUAAGUCUGCCAGCAUGUGCAGCACAGUUCAUAUAAUACCAUUGUAUGUUAUUUAAAGAGGGAGAGGGAAGUCAAAAAUCCCAUUGAUUGCUCAAAAGUCCCCUCUUUUAUAUAAACCCUCUGCAUCCUGCUACUUUGGAAAAUUAACCGACUCAAUUAUUUUUAAAUUCCAGGAAUUCUCCACUUUUAUCUAGCCUGCCAUACAUUAUCUGUGUUGAAUCCUGUUGCUCACUUUAAAAAAUGCUAUGAGUAUAGCAACAGAGGCAUGUGAAUUGCCUCUUGAUGUGUAUAAAAUGUAAUCCCCACCCCUUUCCUCAUUUUAUAUAAGCUAUUAACUGCCAGUCUUCUGUAGCUGAAUUUUCCUUUUCAAAUAAUAUAUGCCCAAUGGAGAAGCUUAGGAAAUUAAGUGGAUUUCAUGACAGAGGUAUGUAACAGUAGCUAUUACAAUGCUAUGCAUCCUUGUCUGUGUGGUAUUCUUUUGGGGAGGCGAUGAUUUAGAUAUUCUGCAGAUACAAAUGCUUUUCUUAUGAAAAGAGGCAUGAGUUUAUGCAUCUUUUGAGCAUACUUUAUCAGUAGAUAAUGGCUGCAAUCCUAGGCACACUUACCAUUUCGCAGUAACGUCUAGUAAGAUUCUGUGCUGUACUUGGUCUGAGAUUGAGAUGUAGAUCUAGAAGUAAACAGUAAAGCAAUGCAAUGCACUAUGCGUUAAAAUAGGGAAAAUGUCUGUUAGUGCUACUUCUUGUAAAAUUCUGAGUAGUAAAUGCUAAUGUUUGUCAUUACUGCUUUAACCGAUACUUUAUUUCAAAGCUUAGAAUCAUAUUCUAGAUAUGUAAACCUCUGUAACAAAUGAAUUAAAUCUGGCAAUGCUACAUUAUGGCUUUUCCCUGCCAUUGGGAUCCACCUUGAAGCAUCCUUUUCAUUUGGUUUUGUAGGGAACCUAUGUGCCAAUAAUUUUUCUUCUUGUCAAAUGUUAAGGAUUGUUGGAAAAAGCCAGGCUCUACUUAACCAGAAAACCACUGCCGUCUCUGGAAGAAAGGAAGAAGUAUGAUUAUGAAUUUGCAACUUCCACUUCGUUCCAUGGAGUGCACAAUAUUGUUCGUACAAGGAGCAGGAGCCGUAAGGCACUGUGGAUGGCAGUAGUCGUGGGCUCCAUUUGUUUGGUUGCCUGGCAAAUCGGCAGUCGUUUCGCCAAUUAUUUGAGCUGGCCCACAACAACAUCGGUGGUAGUUCAGUAUGUGGAAAACAUAGAGUUUCCUGCUGUAACUUUUUGUAAUCUGAACAGGUAAGGCACUGUUUACUUCCUGUAGGAAUGGGCAAAUGUGUUAAUUUUGGUUUCUCUCAGUUUCUCAUUCUUCCCAUCUUCAGUCCAAUUUUCCACAUCAGUUUGUGAAGAUUUUUUUUUUUAAGUUCCAUUGAAAAAUUCAUGAAAAAUUAUUCCUCCAUACACCUUUUAAUAUACAAUUUUAUAUGCAUUUCUGUAUGUUAUUUUCACCGAUACACUUUAAUAUAUACAUUUUUGUGCACUUUAGUUGGCUGGAGAAUUGCAUUGCAAAAUUCAGAAAAGUGUGAAUUUGGAAGACUCUAUGUGUGUUGGUUCACAUGUUGUGUUGGAAGGUGCAAAUUAAAUAAGCCCACCUUAAAUGCAAAUUAAAUUGAAUUUCCCCAUAAUUCCUAUCCUUCUGCUAGAUUUUCUAUUAAGGUAUAUAUAAUAUACAUAGGUCUUCCAUAAAAUGCAAUGCUAUGACCACAUACCUGCCUUGGGCUCCUUACUCUGUUUCUUUUAAAAGUUUUAAGAGUUGCUUUGGAAUUAUCCCUUGGAAUUCAGGCUUAACCCUGCUUUUAUGGUUUAUCCUCACAGGUUCCAAACCCAAGCAGUAGCUAACCUGAGCGCCAUUUUCUUCCUGUGGAGCAUAGUGUCGGGAGUGCUACAUUUGUUCGAUACUAGGGAAACGUUUGGCCAAGAGAUAAAAGACUUCCUUCAGGGGAAUCAAAAUUUCAGCAUCAAAGAAUUCACAAGGAAUAAUGGGUUCUAUCUCAACAACAGUACAUUGUUGGAUUGUGAAUAUUUUGGGGAGCCGUGUUAUCCAGAGGUAAUAUUUUUGUUUCUAUUAUCAGAGGUAACGUAGACAUUGUGAGGGCAUGUGAGUAUGGAAACUCACAAUCUAGUGAUCUGGAAUGUAUCACUUUCAUAUGGAGAGGAGACUGCAUGUAUGUACAAAGUACGUUUUGUUGGGAACUAUUAUUAUGAUACGAAUUUUAUUUCCUCAGCGGACAUCCACCAAUCGCGAGCCUCAAAGACUGGAAAAUAGGUCUGUAAUUGCUUGUCUAAGGCUUGAUAAAGCUUAAUGUGACAAAAAUCAAAAGGAUGCUUCAGAAAGUCUACACCUAUGAAUUUCAUCCCAUGUUUUAAAAUUCUGAAUGACUUGAUCUGGUUUUAAAGUGAGAAUAAGGCACUCAGAAUUCUUCAUUGUUUUGUUUCUUUGGGAGGAAUUCUUCAUACACUUUUCCAAAUGUUCUGUCAGUGCUGAGACAUGUCAUACAACCCUUCACAUGUAGGUUGUAAUAUUCUCAAGUAUGCAUGGUUGACAAAGGUAAUGUUUGAGAUAGUGAAUUGUUGUAUUGGUUGUGUGAAACAGCUGGUGAGUGAGAGUGUAUGGAUGGUCGUAUAUAUGUUGCGUACUUUGAAAUUCUAUAUUAUUCUGCACUGUAAUGCCCUCUGGUUUUAUGUAAAACAAAAGCCAAAAAAGUGGAUACUGUUUGUGUAUUUUGUUAUGUGAAUCAUUUGCUGGGCAUUGUACUUAUUAUUCAUGUAAAUCUCUUUCAGAUCUUUUCAAUAGUAAGUGGAAUAAAUAAAUGGAAUAAAUAAAUAAACUGUUGACAGACACUGCUCUGAGGAAUUUUGUUGCUUUGGGCAAAAUUAUAAAUAGUUCCCAGGACACCAAUCAAAAUGCUUGUUACCUGGUAUAGACUUCCUUCCCCCACCUGGCAAUAAAAAAUACAGUGAUAAUAAAUAAAUAACAGUUUGAUGUUCCUUCAUGACACCCCAGAUCAGCUGCCUGGGACAUCCUCCUCAUUCUGCCUUACCUAUUGGUAAGGCCAGUUUUUACCUCAGGUACAACCCUAGGAACUAUGAGGAAGUGCAGCCGAGAGGUUAAAUCGGUUGCAUUUCACAUUUUCAUCCAAAAUAAAUCCAAUUCUAUAGCUACAGUUCUCUGUGAACAUACUUACUUAAUAUUAGGUGAGCUAAUUCAAUUUCUUAUUUUCUUUUACUUUCUUCAUGGAAGAGCUUUGAGCAUGUCUUCACUGAAUAUGGAAACUGCUUCACCUUUAAUCACAUUAACAUUCCAGCAAAAAGAAGAGUGAGUGCCUCUGGAAGGGGCUUGAGUUUGCUUUUCGAUGUCAAACAGGUAGAGAUAUUCAAAAUGUUUCUACAAUGCGAGCGCAAAACCUUGAUGAUAAAGGACAGGGCAUGUGGGUCACUAUAAUGGUACAAGUUCUUUAAAAACAAAGCAAAAAAAAUAAUAAUACAUACAUGAUUGAAGUUUCCCACAAAGUCAAAUUUCAUAAGUAAAACUUAUGAAAGCCCUAGAAUAUAAUCUGCAUCCUGAAACUUAAUUUGCGUUGACAGAUUUUGAAUUGGUGUGAAAUCUGAUGUAGAGUCAGAUGAUAAGUGAUACAUAGUGGAUUACAAAACGAAAAUGCUGCAUGUAUACUAUUGUUUUUCUCUUAAUGUUAAUUAUGGUAGUAGAUAAUUUUUUGCCAAGGCAAUUCACAGUUCAGUGUGACAGUGAUCUGAAAAUUAUCCUCUGUAAUUUUACUGUAACCCUUCAAUGCCUUGUGUCCUAGGCAGAGUUCACCGACGACCCUGCUCUUGGUUUUGUUGAUGUUGGCAUCACAUUUGCUAUCCACUCACCUAAGGCGCCUCCCCGAUUUGAUGGUUUAGGUAUAUCAACCCCAGUAGGAAUGCAUGCUCAUGCUGCAAUCCAACAGGUGAAGGUAAGCAUUAGAGUAAGAUACAGAGAAAUGGAAGUACAGUGGUACCUUGGGUUAAGUACUUAAUUCGUUCCGGAGGUCCGUUCUUAACCUGAAACUGUUCUUAACCUGAAGCACCACUUUAGCUAAUGGGGCCUCCUGCUGCCACUGCGCCACCGCUAUGCGAUUUCUGUUCUCAUCCUGAAGCAAAGUUCUUAACCCGAGGUACUAUUUCUGGGUUAGCGGAGUCUGUAACCUGAAGCGUAUGUAACCUGAAGCGUAUGUAACCUGAAGCGUAUGUAACCCGAGGUACCACUGUAUGGCUAGCCACUUUAAAGUCCAAUAAACUGCAUAUGCAAUCAUCAUUAUUGAUAAUAACAAUAUUUAACAAUAUUAAAAUACAAUAUUAAAAAUCAAUUAAAGCAAUUAACCCCUAAUGAUUGACAACUUUAAAAUAUAAGCAAGACUUUAAAAUGACAAGGCACACAGGAAGGAUAAAAAAGCAGAGUAAAAAUUUAAUUUGAUAUAGUACUCCAGCUCAGUUCUACGUUCAAACUCCAAUGUAUACCUAGAGCUUCCUACCCAGAAAAUCUUUCCCAUUCAGUUGCACACUGAGCAUCCAUCUUGAAUCAGGAGAAAUUGAAGCUAGCUGGGGCCGGUCAGGCUGUCCUCUGGGGGCAGCCCUGCAGAACAACAAUCAAGUUUACUAACAAGUCUUUUAAUUUAAUUCAGUUUGGUCUGGUCCAGCAACAACAACAACAAAUCUUUUGCAGCAAUCUGUGUAUGUGUGGAGGUGGGAAUGGAGGUGGUUUUUGUUCAAUUAACACUUGACAGUAGCAAUGGAUAUAACGUAUGUCGUGCCAUUUCUUUCAUUCAAGACAAUUAUUCAAGAAUACCCUUGGGGAGAAUGCAAGCGAAACAUCAAACUUCAGCACCACAAGCUCUAUAGCACCUACGGAUGCCUACAAGAAUGCAAGGCACGCCAUAUUCAAAACCAGUGUGGAUGCUUACCGUUCAUGCUCCCAGGUAUAACUGGGCAGGUAUAAGUUGCUUUAUUUAUUUGCAGUGUUCAAAGAAAUCCAACAAGAGUGUGCAGAUCACAGCUUGGGGGGAUGCCUUUAGCCACUGCUUUUUUUCUUUAAAAAUGUUUAGGGGCACUCUCAUUUUGACUCAAGAAAACCACCAUUUUAUAGUUUAAAUCAGGAAAAAUAAAUACAGUAAAUGGACAAAAGUACAAAGAUUCCCAAAAUGUUUAGGGGUAUGCAUCCCCCCAGAAAAAAAAGCACUGCCUUUAGCCAAUUUUGAGCUAUCUGCUCACUAGUAAAACCUAUGCACAAGCAGGGAGGGCGAAAAAAAGCAAAGGUCUGAAGUGAUUCCUGGCAGCUCCUCACACAAUUUGGAAUCCUUAUUGUGCAGGGUUCCAAACAGUACAAGGAGAAAGAACUCCCCGGUUCACCUUUUCACCCUCCCUGACUUGUAGGGCAAUGGGAGGUGGGGCUUAGUGCUCCCAUCCCCGCUCCCCCUGCACAGCAUGCAAGCAUAUGACAUUGCUGUAGAGUCUUUAUAGAUUACUUUCUGUACAGGCAGAGCAACCCAAACUUUUCCCUGCUGCCUCUGAGCCUCUGCAGUGCGGUGGAAGUACUGCCACAUCCACAGCCUGGUUGCUCAUGGCGAUGGUAGCAGAAGGCAGAAGGGCAGGCAGAUCAGGCCCAAUCCCUGUAUCAGCUUCAGGUUACUUCAGAUCCAGGCCAAGAUCAGGACCAAUGCCAGCUAGUAUCAGCUGGGAGAGCAGCUUGGGAUCCAGUGGAUCCAGAGCCAGCACAGUUAUAUCCUUGCAGUUGGAAUGGCCCAUUUGGAGGCUUUCUGGCAGGCUCUGCUAGAAGGAAUACCACCAACAUGCCUUUCACCCACCCAAAUGUUCAAAGGGUGCAUGUUCUGCACUGGCAGAGUGACAAAAGUAUCACUCCAUCAGUGGUGGCCAGAGGAAGGACAGCUGAACCAGCAGAAGCAAUCAGUGCUGCUCAGCAUAAGGAGGAGGGAUUGAAGUGUAGUCUCAGACAGCUUAGUUUCAAAGAUAAGUCCUUAAUUGCUUAAGGAAUCACCUCGUGCAUAAAUGACAGCUGAAUAAUGAAACCAUUAGGAUAGAAACAGGCCACCUGCAGCCUAAGGGUCUAAUAUAGCUCUCAUGUACCCCUCACCUUAUUUUCAAAAGCUCUCAGCAAGAAUGAUCUGUCUCUGCCCAAGCAGUCCUCCUGCGGAACAGAGAGAAAAGGAGUUGGCAAAUGGUGAAUCAAGGGGCUAGCCUGCCAACCAGAGGUUCAGCUCUGCGUAUGCAGUCCCUAAUAUACUACCAUCAGAUGAUGAUGAUAUGAUGAUGAAUUGCAUUUCUUACCUGCCAGAAAGUGUCCGGGGAGAGAUACAGCCAUAUAAAAACACAUUAAAAUUGCUAAGAGGAUGGGUACUAAAGAUAUAUUUCUCAGGUGUCAAAAGCCAGGGUAAAAUUAAUGCAGCCCCAAAUAGCAAAAAGAUUGCCCAUCCUCAGCUCAGGUGCUAUGAGUGUUUCUACAUGAGCUUCAGGUUGAUACAUAAAAAGGUAAAGAUAAAGGGACCCCUGACCAUUAGGUCCAGUCGUGACUGACUCUGGGGUUGCGGCGCUCAUCUGGCUUUAUAGGCCAAGAGAGCCGACGUACAGCUUCCGGGUCAUGUGGCCAGCAUGACUAAGCCGCUUCUGGCGAACCAGAGCAGCACACGGAAACGCUGUUUACCUUCCCGCCGGAGCGGUACCUAUUUAUCUACUUGCACUUUGUCGUGCUUUUGAACUGCUAGGUUGGCAGGAGCAGGGACUGAGCAACGGGAGCUCACCCCGUUGCGGGGAUUCGAACUGCCAACCUUCUGAUCGGCAAGUCCUAGGCUCUGUGGUUUCACCCACAGCACCACCUGCGUCCCAGGUUGAUACAUACAGGCAUCGAAUUCUUUGCUUUACUUGCUGGGGUCACUUGCUUAUUGGUUAUUAUUGGUUUACCAAACAGAUGGAUUCAAAUGUGUGUUUUGAUACCUUUGUCUUUGUGUUUUUCUCUCCUUCCCCACUCCCUCUUCUUCACAUCUUUGAAAAGGAAAUGGCACAGAAUGUGACUUGGACAAAUUUUACAAUUGUGUUUCUCCUGAACUGUGUAAGUAAAGCCAAAGCCAAAUACUAGAGCCAGUUUCAUACGUCUGCAACUGGCAACCAGCUGGACCAGUGGGGGUGGGGGCAUGUCUCACAUUUUUACCAACCUGUGGAAUCCCAGUCACACAAAAGCAUGAUUUCCCCUAAGCGUCAGGCUUAGGGGGAAAUCCCAUAACCUGGGAUAUUCUGCUGAUUGGGAACGGUUUAUUAGGAAAAGGAGAGGACUUGAUUUUUCUCAGAAUACUUUAAAUGAUCCCAGCUGCAAGUUGUGUUUAGACAAACCAUAAAUAACAUUCUAAAUGUACUCUUCCAAUCAUCUGUACAGUUUUGGUUUGAUUUCAUAAAUUCCAAAUGCUGAAGAAAUUCAGUGUAAAAUACAGGCACCUAUUUUUACUGGGAAAUCACACACUACCAUCUUUCUACGACUUAGAAUGUAAGGCUGCUGACAUAGAUUCAAAUUACCACCAAAUCCUGCAAUAUAAUAUAAUAUUUAUUAUGCUUUAUUAACUCCUUUGCUCAAGAUGAUAAACUUGAUCUAUUUUUUGUUGAUUUCACUAUGGCUGCUUGCAGAUGGUGGUGAACAUGAAAGUCGUCUAGAAUGGGCAUUUAUGUUUGAAAUUGGUUCCCAUUUUAGAUAAAAUUGAGCUCGCAGGAUUGUGUACAGCAGGAACACAUAAUUCCACUUGCCCUGUGCCUUGUGAGGAAACAGAUUAUCCAACCACCAUUUCCUAUUCAACUUUUGAAAGUGAAAAGGCUUUGAAAUUUCUUUCUACAAAGCUGAAGAAACGUCCAGAAUAUAUCAGGUACUUUUCUUCUUCAUUGUCAUGCUGUCAAGAAAUGUGUUUUACACAAGAGCAACCUUUAUUAACUUUAUGAAGACAUAUUCAAGAGAUGUUGGACCCAAAGAAUUACUAUAAUUCAAUGGCUUCUAUUUUAUUAUUUAUUUCAUAUAUCUAUAUACUGCUUAAUACUAAAGCAGCAGUUCGAAAGCACGUCAAGUGCAAGUAGAUAAAUAGAUACCGCUCCAGCAGAAAGGUAAACGGCAUUUCCGUGCACUGCUCUGGUUCUCCAGAAGUGGCUUAAUCAUGCUGGCCACAUGACCCAGAAAAACUGUCUGCUGACAAAUGUCGGUUCCCUCGGCCAGUAAAGCGAGAUGAGCGCCGCAACCUGAGUCAUCCGUGACUAGACCUAAUGGUCAGGGGUCCCUUUACCUUUAAACAAUAAACUGGGAGAACUACAAGGUAUGCAAGUCCCACUAUCUGCCUUUUCGCUAUAUGAAAAUUCACUUAUCCAAACAUAAAUAAUUAUGCCCAAACCUUGCUAUACACACCACAGAUUCAGAUAUCUGAACAGCCAGAGUUUGCCUACUUCCUUUCUUCCUUGCUUGUUUAUGCUUUGCUGGUUGGUGAUAAGGAGGGAGCAAGCAAGAUCAGACAGCAGGACAAUUGUUUUUUCUUUGCCUUUCUUUUGCUGGUUACCUGCAGCCAUUGCAGAAAGAACCCACUGAAAAAGCAGGGGAGAGAUCAGAAAAAAUCCAGAUUAGAAAUGCUCCCGUAGGAAUCCUUGGAAAUUGUGGACUCGUUAUGUGAAUGCUUGCCUAACGAAUGAUUUCCAGGCAACACGUUGUGUUUGGUAAGCAGGACCUGUGUGUAUAAUAUAAUACAAAACUACAAUAUAGUACAAUAUAAAACAAUAAAAACUCCCCAAAGUAAAACAUAUAGCAGCACAUUUUGAAAAUGUUUUGAGUCAGGAAUCCCUGAUCUCUUCGCCCGAUAUCCCCACCCCCCACAAAAGCAAAAACAUAUAACUUCUGCAAGGGUAGUUAUGUUGCCCUGCAACAGCAAAAACACAGAGGCACCUUUGAAAAAAACCUAAUAGAUUUAUGGUAACAUAAGCUUAUAAAUCACAGGUUCUUUAAAAAUGUUUAUAAUCCAAUAUAAAUUUUAAAGUUCACUCUUCUAUAGAUGAGGACUCCUUAGUUUAUCUUCAUUAUCACUGGAAAAGUCUCUGAUUUUAUCAACACUAAAAGCAGUUUUAUUAAUUAUUAUGUUAUAUUAAUCUUGUGAAGAUCAAACUACAGAAGAUCUGUGCUUAGAUCUCACAUUGCUCCCUAAUGUUAAUUUAAUGGAGCUGGAGAAGGCUAUGGCUUGGGGAAAAGUUCUUAACUCUGUUCCUCCUGUGACAUUUUCUAAUUUACUAUUAGCUCUACUUGGCAGCGGGUGAGACUAGAGGAAUGGCCCCCCUUUGCCACUGCUCUGAUCAAAAUUGCACCAAACAAAUGAAAUGCCUAGAAUUCUAGGUUAAUUUUUUCCUUAAACUUUUUGAUUUUUGUUAUUUAGUUUAACUCUAUAGUUGAUUACUUCUCGUUUCAGGGAUUUUCAUGGCAUUUCAUUUGUUUUGUGUAAUUUCUUGGUUCUGUGACUGUCUUUUUUCCACUGAUCAAAAUUGCAGCUGCUUUUAAUGAAAGUUAGAAAUGCUAUGGAUCUUCCCCACCCUGUGCGAUGGUGUCCUCAUAACAACAUUUUUAUUUUACUCCUUCUGACAUUUGAUUACUGUUCACAAAUGGGGUACUAUCUAGCAAUUAGUCACUGAAGCAUGACAGAUUACAGGGAAAUGUUUCUGUUCCCAAGUGAUUAACCAGUCAGGAUCAAACAAACAUAUUAAUGAGUUUAACAUCAUAAAUUAACUAAUAGUCAUCCAUCGAUUUUUCAGAAACGUUAAAAGGUAGUUUCAACUAUUUACAGCCCUAUUCCAAAUAUGUAUUGUGGUAUUGCCUCAGCUACCUCAGGAAGCCCAAACUGUGGGAUCCAUUAGCAGGGUCAUUAUGGUAAUUAUAACGCAACAGGUUUAAAAUGGAGAAGGUCCUUGAAGAAAGGAGUGAGUUGAGCCUUCAUUUUUAGAGCUAGGAUUGCCUAACACUGAUUUAUUAAACAAAAUUUAAUGGUUCAACUAAACGUUCAUAAAAAAAGAAAACUAUUAGCUCAGAAUUUAAGUAAUAGCUAGGCCAAGAUGAAGCACUCAAAGCUGGUUAUCAGCAAUCAUUUGAACUGAGUAAGUAAAUACUUACUAUUUCAAUGGUGUCAUUUUUCAUUGUUAUCUAGUGAUCCUAGGAAUUUUAGUACAUUUUGCAGCAACCAAUGUGGGUUGCCACUAAGUGUACACUCAGCCCAGAGUUUCUGCUGACCUUAUCUCUUUGGCACAUGUACCUAAAUGAAACAUUCAUGUUCCCAGGCAUUUAUCUGUUUGUCAUAUCCAAACAUAUUUUUAGAUUCAUAUUUAUUUUUUAAAAACAUGUAAAUUUGUGCUAAAAAAACCCUCUGGACAUUAUCCAGUUUUCCUGCCUACCUGGAUAAUCUGUUCCAUGCACAAGAGUUGCCUCAUUCCCAUUGGAAGUUACGCUUCUUCCCAUUGGGAUAUUUCGUAUGAGAAGACACAGGGGCUCAUAAGAACCAUUUAGGCUGACUUUAUAAUAUGUGAAAACACUCUUGAGUGUGCUACAGAAUCAAAUUCUAUGUUCUCUCCACCUCCCCACGAUUUUGGAUUAUUGUUACUUUGUUUAAAGCAUGAAUAGUAUUUUCUGCAGAUGGUGAUGGCUAGAUUGAUCAUCAUGAUGAUGAUAAUAAAUAGUAAUACAACUGCAUAAUAAAAGUGUGCCUUUAUUAUCCAUAGGCAUAACCUUGUAUAUAUUGACAUUAGAUAUCAUGAUUUGAAUUACAAAAUGACCCGGCAGCAGAAGGCAUUGAGUGUAUCUGAGCUACUUGGUAAGUGACCCAAAUGCACUUAAAAAAACAGCAACAACCUACAUUUCUGAGAGAUCACAGUAAUGGAGUAGUUACUGACAUAAUUACUUCUAUGCUGCAUCACAUUAUCCCUGUUUUCUUAAUUAGCAUUAUUUGGAUCAUGAAAUAUAACUAUCUUUACCAGAGGAUGGUAUUCAACAGUGGGCAGUACAUAGUGGGUAGUAUUUUUUUUUACUCAAAAUAGAAUCAAUAAACAUGACUAAGUUAGGGUCAUUAAUUUCAGUGGGUCUACUUUGAGUAAAAAACAGUUGAAUACCACCCAGUAUUUCUGUAUAAUACGUUUCUGUUUGUUUGCUAACAGAAGAAUCAAGUCUUGUAUUACACUAGGUUACAGCACAAUAAUAUUUAUUUAGAAGUAAUUUCCACUAUGUUCAAUAGGUAAGUGUGUAUGGUAUUUUAGUUUCACUUUGGGCCCACAGAAACCAGUAGAACUUAAGUUAGUAAUAGAUUUCAAGAGAGUUGCAUAACGAAAGUGGUCAUUCUGGUGAGUAUUUUCAAUCUGAAGCACAAAAUCUAUUCAGUUCUGAAAUGGAUCUUAUUCAGCAUUGUGCAAGUACAUUUCUGUUUCAGCAAGGGACUUCCCCUUGCUCUCUGCCCCACCACCCAAAUGCUUUCUGGAAUGUUCUGGAGCAUAUUUGGGGGGCAUGUUGGGAUUACAGGGGGGAGGAUAGGAAGGGGAAGUCCCAUUGUGAUGACAUAAGUCCAUUUCAUUAGAGGGCAGCCACAGUUGGCUUUUUCACUCAGUAUGUCAGUGAUUUCAAGACUGAAGACUAGCAUCCCAAUCCUGUACACAUUUAGAUAGAAUUAAAUCAUACUAAUGUCGAUAGAAUAUAGAGAAUUGCUGGACCAAUCUCUUUAUUUCUUUCAUUACAGCUGAUGUUGGUGGCCAACUUGGUCUGUUUUGUGGAGCCAGUAUGAUUACAAUCAUAGAGGUUGUGGAAUACAUUUUCACCAACUUCUGUUGGAUGUGUGUCUUUCUUCUACUGAAAGCACCAGAAGUGCCCAGUUGGAAUACUACAGAUCAGAAUGCACAAACACACAAAAGAAGAAUACAAGAAUGUUAAAGGCUUGCAGAAAGGGAAUGAGAGAAGGUGAAAUUUUCUUUUCAGUAAAUGGCAUUUCCUUCUAAAAAUAAUGCAAGAUAAAACAGUAUUCAGUUCACACUUAUUUCUCUGAUGCAAGUCCAGAAAACAGAUAUUAGGGAAGGCAAGUAUUUAGGAAUGCAGGGCUUGCUUAUCCUGGUAGUCUGCACCGUCACGGAGAACACAGAAUUUCCUCUUGUACAAUAGAAUUCACAUUAGUCCACAUUUAUGUCAGUGGGAUGUACCGUAGGUGUGCCUAAUUCUCAUUGGAGUGACAUUCCCCCAUCCCAACUUAUAAUUGGUUCUCUCUAAGUUUUAUUGGAUAACUUUCAUAGGAAACUGAGUGGGGUGGGGUGUCCUAGAAUUCUCCUAAGCUUAGAAAGGUCCUCUACCAUUGCUAUCCCUCUGAGUGGUAGCUUCCUUCCCCACUUGCCCUGCUCCUUUCCAGCAGUUUCUCAACUGUAUCAAGUAUGAGGGCAAGAGCCAAAAUGGGCAAAGACAAGACUGAUGGAGGUCAAGGAUUCAAUAUGAAUUACCUUGGUUCUCAUCUCAAAUGAAGGCAUCUGAGCAUGCCCAUGUUAAUAGGAGUUCUUGAAAUGGCCAUUUUUAUUUCUGAAGAUGUAUUUAUCAGGAGAGCAAUUGCACAGCUAAAGCACAUGACAGAACUUCCUUGUAUCCUGCUACUUAAAGGCUAGCGGGUGUUCAAAAGGAUGCCUCUACCUCCAUCCUUCAGUGAGGAAGUCCCUCUUCAUUCAGUAGUCAAGAUGGGCAUGAGAUGUAGUUAUGUAGUAAAUUCAUGAUUAUUAGGUGUACAGCUGAACACAUAAUAGGCACAUGUGAGCAUGAUUGGCACAUGAGUUUGUAUUUGAUGAUGCAAGACUGUACUAAUGAAACUGAUAAAGGUGCAAACUGAAAUUACAAUUCACUGUGAAUUCGGCUUCGUUUGGGAUAGUCUGCUAAUUUUUGCAUGCAAAAGUCAAGUUGGACUAGCAUAGCAAACUGCAGACCAAUAAUGCUUGCUGUUGGGUGUGGGUCAUGAGUCUGCACAGAAG